UUAUACAAUUACCCCUAAACCUCUUAAACAAGUAGUCCAGAUCCCUUGCCGCUGUCUCAAACAAACAAAUUCAAGUUUCUAAUUAUAACAAACCAGACUCUUCUUCUUUUGGUCUCUCUAUUUUCUCUCCCUAGUCUUUUGGAAUUUCCCCUAUAUCCCAUGGCUUCCAAUAAUCAAGAUUUACCAGAAGCAACAGUUCAAAACGUGCUAGAACAAGAUACCCUUAAGUGGGUAUUUGUAGGGGGUAAAGGUGGGGUUGGAAAAACUACAUGUAGUUCAAUUCUUGGUAUUCUUCUUUCACAGUUCAGAUCCUCUGUUCUUAUCAUAUCUACUGACCCUGCUCACAAUCUCAGUGAUGCCUUCCAGCAACGCUUUACCAAGUCCCCCACUCUUGUUAAUGGCUUCUCCAAUUUGUAUGCCAUGGAAAUCGAUCCAACUGUGGAGAAAGAAGACUCAAUCAGUUCAGAUGGGAUGGACGAUUUUUUGUCUGAUUUGGCAAAUGCAAUUCCUGGAAUUGAUGAAGCUAUGAGUUUUGCCGAGAUGCUAAAAUUGGUGCAAACAAUGGACUAUUCAGUAAUAGUGUUUGAUACGGCCCCAACUGGACAUACUCUUCGGCUGUUACAAUUCCCUUCGACUCUAGAGAAAGGGCUCGCCAAAGUGAUGAGUUUGAAGAGUAGAUUUGGGGGCAUGCUGAGUCAGAUGACUCGACUAUUGGGUGUUGAUGAGGAAUUUGGGGAGGCUGCUAUCCUUGGGAAGCUUGAAGGCAUGAAAGAUAUUAUUGAAGAAGUGAACAGACAGUUUAAGGACCCAGACUUGACAACAUUUGUUUGUGUUUGCAUUCCGGAAUUCCUCUCCCUAUACGAGACUGAAAGACUAGUUCAGGAACUUGCUAAAUUUGAGAUCGAUACACACAACAUUAUAAUUAACCAGGUGAUUUUUGACGAAGAAGUUGUUGAAUCCAAGCUGCUGAAGGCUAGAAUGCGGAUGCAACAGAAAUACUUGGAUCAGUUCUACAUGUUGUAUGAUGACUUUAACAUUACGAAAUUGCCUUUGCUGCCACAAGAGGUUUGUGGCGUUGAAGCCCUGAAAGAAUUUUCGCAUCAUUUUGUAACGCCAUACCAGCCCUCUCUUGCUCGAGGCUCGGUGGAGGAGUUGCAGAAUAGAGUUGCUGCAUUGAAAUUACAGUUGAAAGAUGCUGAAACAGAAUUAGAGAGAGUUCAAAAAGGCAAACAGAAGAUAUAAUCAAAUGCUAUACAAAGUUGGGCGAUGGAGUGUGCUGUUUUGUUGCCUUUUGCUUUUUUAUGUUUUAGGAGUUGUCAUUGAACAAAUAAUUGUGUAUUUCUCAAGAGGAUUUUUCAUGUAUGAUUGUUUUAUUUAUUGUUGAGGAAGUUCAUUUGUACCUUCACAAAGCUAAUAAGUCAGGAUAUUUAGUCGUACAAUGUACUAGUAGUCUCUUUAGAUUCAUCAAGUCAGUCUUUAUUUAGUGAAACCUAAAGCAUCAAAGUUUUUUUUGAAGAUAAUGAACAAUUUUUAUUC